AUGCCGCCGGCCGCCAGCUCGGUCGGGUACCGACUCCGCACCUUUCCCGCGGUGCUGUGGAUCGGGCUGCUGUGGAGCAGCGUCUCGGCAGGAGAUAAAGAAGUCCCCACAGCCACCCCCUCCACCCCAUCUCCAAUGGUGGCACCAGGGAGCACAAAGGAAAGCAGCCCCAAAGGCAAGAGCUCCGAUGCCGUGGCUGGAGGUUUGCUUCAGUCAGUGCUGGCUCAAAAAGGACGACUUGUCUCCCAGAGAGGGGAGGUCCUUCCCUCUGCUCUGCCCCAGAACCUGCUCCCUCUUCUGGGCAGAGGCCUCAGCAUCAGCUCCCUCCCUGGAAGUCAUUCCCUGGAGCAUCAAAGUGGGGGAUUACUGAGGAGGGUAAAACCCCCAGCAUCAGCUGCAGCGUCAGGCCGAGGCAGCGGUCCAACUGAGCCUCCUCCUGCAGACACACACUCCCAGCUGCCUCACACACAGACACACACUCCUGAGCAGGAGGCUGAGAUCACCACUGUGGCCACGAUGCUGGACAUGGACACUGAGACAGGGACACCUUCUUUAGCUGUGCAGAGCUGCAUGGUGAAUUUCUCAGACCCUGAGGGAUACAUCGACUCCUCUGAUGACCCCCCCCUGCCAGACAGCACCUUCCUACAGUGCACCUACACGGUGACGGUGUACACCGGCUACGGAGUGGAGCUGCAGGUGAAGAGUGUGAACCUGUCGGAGGGUGAGCAGCUGUCCAUCAGGGGUGUGGAUGAACGAGGGUCCCUGCUGGUCCUGGCCAAUCAGACGCUGCUGGUUGAAGGUCAGGUGAUCCGCAGUCCCACCAACACUCUGUCCGUCUACUACCGUUCUGGACCGGACGGAAACAUGGGCAUCUUCCAGCUGCACUAUCAGAUCUUCAGGCUGAGCUGUUCCCUGCCGAAGAGGCCUCACUUUGGGGAGGUGUCCGUGCUGGACCUGCUGCCUGGAGGCACCGCCCGCUUUCACUGCCACAUGGGUUACCACCUGCAGGGGGAGCCAGUGCUCACCUGCCUCAACGCCUCCCUGCCGGUGUGGAGCGGCAAGGAGCCCACCUGCAGGGCCCUUUGUGGAGGGACAGUGAAGAACGCGACAGUGGGGAGGGUACUGUCCCCUUCUCCCCACCACGGACCUAACGCCACCCAGGACUGCUCCUGCUCCUGGUCCCUGGAGGCACCCAAGGACCAGAGGCUGCACCUGCAUCUGGAGAGACUGGCCUUGGGACCCACGGACAGGCUGGUGCUGUGGAGCGGGCUGGACGCCGGCUCCGUGGUGCUGUUUGACUCGGGUCGGGGUGGACAGAUACCCUUUGAGGGAGUGAUCAGUGAAGGUCCAGCAGUGAGGAUCCAGUUCAUCACCGAUCAGCCAAACCACAACACAGGAUUCAACAUCCGCUAUGAAGCUUUCGAGCGUGGCCACUGCUACGAGCCGUACCUCCAGAACGGAAACUUCACCACCUCUGACCCGCUGUACGGGGUUGGAGCUGUGGUUCAGUUUACCUGUGACCCGGGACACUCGCUGGAACAAGGCCCCCCUGUUAUUGAGUGCAUCAGUGCGAGGGAUCCGUACUGGAACGACACAGAGCCGCUAUGCAAAGCACAGUGUGGAGGAGACCUGACUGGUCCAGGGGGGGUGAUUCUGUCUCCAAACUGGCCCGAGUGGUACGGAGAGGGGGAGGACUGCAGCUGGAGGAUACAUGUCGGGGAGGACAAACGAGUGCUGCUUGAUGUACAACUGCUGAACAUCAGCGACAGCGACAUGCUGACCAUCACUGACGGCGAUGAGGUCGCGACACGUAUCCUGGGGCGGUACGUGGGAGGAAGCAGCCCCUUCAAGCUCUCCUCCACCACCCCCGACCUGACCGUCACCUUCCACUCCGACCCGGCCGGGCUCGUCUUCGGAAAAGGCGAGGGCUUCAUCAUCAACUACAUGGAGGUGUCCCGAAACGACUCCUGUCCAGACCUGCCCGAGAUCCAGAACGGCUGGAAGACCACAUCCCAUGUUGCGCUGGUGCGAGGGGCUCGUAUCACCUACCAGUGUGAUCCUGGUUAUGACCUGGUGGGACGGGAGACCCUCACCUGUCAGUUAGACCUGUCCUGGAGCUCACAGCCCCCGUUCUGUGAAAAGAUCAUGUACUGUUCAGACCCAGGCCACGUGGAGCACUCCACCAGGUCUCUGUCGGAUCCUAAACUCCUGGUGGGAACGACCAUUCAGUACAGCUGCAACCCCGGCUUCGUCCUGCAGGGCGGCGCCACCAUCACCUGCUACGGCCGCGAGCCAGGCACCCCCGUGUGGACGUCGCGACUCCCUCACUGUGUUUCUGAGGAUUCAGUUUCCUGUGAAAACCCUGGUCUCCCUGACAACGGCUACCAGAUCCUGUCCAAGAGGCUUUACCUGCCCGGCGAGUCACUCACCUUUGUCUGUUACCAAGGUUACGAGCUCAUCGGAGAGGUUGCAAUUAAAUGCAUCCUGGGAAACCCGUCGUUUUGGAGCGGCCCUCUUCCUCUCUGCAGGGCCAACCAUGACUGCUUUGGCAACCAUGCUUUGGAAGUUGCCGAGGCGACCGCGGGCUCCACGCUGGACGGAGGGAACAUCGCUCUGGCCGUCUUCAUCCUGGUUCUCCUGCUGUCUGUGCUGCUGGGAGGAGCUUAUGUUUAUGUCACACGGUGCAGAUAUCACUCCAACCUAAGGCUGCCUCUGAUCUACCCCCACCCUUACCGGCAGAUCACUGUGGAGACAGAGUUUGACAACCCGCUCUAUGAGACAGGAGGGCAGGACACUCGUGAAUAUGAAGUAUCGAUAUGAGGAGCCUCACAAAAGACAUUUCUGAACCAAGACCGACCGCCUCGUCCUCACUUUUCAUCCUCUCCUCCCUCCUUCUCCACCCAGGAGGAGGCGAUGUAAAUACAAAUAGAUGAUGUCCAGCCCCUUCUGCCAUGAGACACAGCGAUUGAUCCUGUUCUCUCCUCCUUUGACAUGACAGCUUCUGAAGACGUGAUGGGAAGUAGGAGAGGAAACGUGGAGCGGAAGAGGAGAUAGACGGGUUAUUGACCAACCUGUGUGGCUCAGUGCCGCAGAGAGAUGAUGUGGGACGGAGAAAAGACUCACAGAUCAUCUAAGAACAUAGAACGUGGUGGGAAGGGAGGAGAUGUUUGGUGUGAAAUGGGACAGAAAGGAGUUAAGGAGGGGAGAAGGGGAAGGAGUCGGGGACAGGACACAGAGUGAGGAAUGCUGAAUGAGGGGAGCGAAGCACUUUUUAGUUUUAUGUCAAACAUUUCUCACCUGUAAGAAAUUCAGUGAAAGAUUCCUUGAAGACAUCUCAGAAACAGUUAAAGUUAUAAUCCUUAAGAGUGUCAUGAAGUCAGACCCCGUGUUUGAGGUUUCCACGCAAAGGUAAACACAGGGAGGCGUAGCUGAGAUAGCGAGCACGAGGAUGUAGGUGAAGGCCCGGGUGGAGUCUUUGAGUCUCAAGACGCUAGCCCCAGUUCCACAAUGAGUAUGUUGUUGUAGCUUUGACAUCUGUUUGUCUGGCUCCACUGUAAACUCAUGGACCAGCUUCUCCUCUGCAGUAAGAGUUUCUGCUGCCCCCGGAGUUCUGGGACAUGGAUUAUUAAGUUGUGUUCAGACAGACAGUGAAGCUGCUUUUUGCCUCUAAAAUUCACUUUGCAUUCUGUCUGAACCUCUGAUCUGAUAUAGGAACUGGAUACUGUUUGACGCCGACUGUCUGGAAUGAAAAUCGCUCACCAGGUGCAUAAGGUAAAACAGUUUCCCAGUGUUUGGGUUUGGUUCUGCUCGGCCAUUAGACUUUACUUUGGGAUGAUGUCAGGCCAUUUUCCAGACUCUGGGAAAGUUUUACAAAUAUGAAACCUCCAUGGAUUCAAAAUCCAUAAUACAAAGAGUAAUAUCUGACAUUGUUUAGAGUUGGAGGCGUCCUGUCAACAGCUGGUGGUCUCAGAGGAAAAGGUUUUUGGGCUGCAGUGGAUUUUUCUGUUUUAGUAUCAUAAAUGAUGACAGGGGUAAAUUACCAGCAGGGCUGAGAGGCGGCCCCCGUAUCCAGCUCUCCUCCUGCAUCCAUGGUCUGAACACACAGUAAAAGCCACACUUGCUGUUACCACGGUAACUACACGGAUCGCCAGAUCAGCCAGGACUGAAAUCUUAAGGAUUGCAACUUUAAGAGUCUUGGGGAUAAAUUGGCAGCUCGAACAGACGAGGUGGAUUUAUAGUUUUUGUUAACAUCCACGAAUCACCCUCAGAAAAUGAUGAUAAGAGGGAGGAAAUAAUGGCCGGUGGCUGCCUUUAUUCCCGUCCUCAUCAGCCCAACGCAGGAUGUCUGUCUCCUGUCCCUGAACUGCCUCCUGCCUGCAGUCACCUUCAAGGCUUUUUACUCCAGCCGCUCCACUUCUGGCUUUAGCUGUAGUUAAUUGGUAUUUAAAUCUGUGACUUCGGGGCCAGUGCAGUACCGCUGUAUUAUUUCUCUCACAUGUAGUUAGAUGGAUGACUGUUGUAGACUGGCCUCAGAGUCCCCAGGUUUGGACCGGCUGCUGAUUAAAAAGGAAAAUGAGAAACAUGCAUUGUUGCAGAGGUGGAGGUUGCCAUGUGAAUAGCAUAGCUGUAGUUAAUGGACCGAUCUCUGAGUGCAAGCUCAAUCAACCCACCAGAUGAUGUAUUUAUUUUGAUGUACUGUACAUGUGAUGUUUUAUGCAGAUUGAUAAAUGUACAUUUUCAUUAU